AUGCCCCCACUUCAGAUCAAAACUAUAACUCUGGGCGCGUUUAGAGAUGUCUUGUCGCGUUACCCUGCCAUGGUCCCCGAGAAGCUACGCGACCUGGACGCGCAACGAUAUGACAUCAUCCGCAAAGCCGUAGCUGCACAAGACGAAAGCGAGAAACACUUGACGAAAGAGCAAGUCGUGACGCUUGUGGAAUGGAAGCUGUAUGUGGUACCCUUGAAGCACGGCACGUUUCGUCCAGCCCUACUAGGCCUGGUCCAAAGUAAUACGGCAGAGGCAGUCGAGAAAACAACCAAAAGGGCCUACGCUGCGCUCUGGAAGAGCAAAUCAUCCCAUCCUGAUGCCAUCCCCGCGCUCAAAAUUCUUGUGGGACUGAAGGGCGUGGGCCCAGCAACCGCAUCCUUGCUUCUUUCUGUUCUCCGACCUGCAGAGAUACCCUUCUUCUCUGAUGAACUGUUUAGAUGGUCCGUCUGGGACGAUGAAACGGGGAGCGGAAAAGAUGGAAAGGGCUGGCAGAGGAAGAUCAAGUAUAACGUCAAGGAGUAUGAGAUGAUGCUCGAUCGCGUGCACGAGUUAAGGAAGAGAUUGCGAAGAGGAUUCGGACAGAGGGACUCUUUAGCGAUGGCGAUUGACGUUGAGAGAGUAGCUUGGGUACUUGGAAAAGAGGGUGUGGAUGUUAGUGUGCAAGAAGAUGCGACAGAGGAGGAUGAGGGAAAAGACGCGGAUGUGCAAGCUGACACGAAGGCGGAGGAGGGUGAGAAGGAGAAAGACGAAGCACAACAAGAAGAGAUCCCACCAGUAACGAAAGAGAGCAGCGGUGACGAAGCAACGAUUGCAAAGCCCGUAGCGAAGAAAGGUACGAAACGUAAAGCGUCGGAGGCCAAACCACCUGUCGAAGGUACCCGCAAGAGUACGCGGACGAAGAAGUAG